AUGGACUCCGCCAUUGAAGCCUCCAUCGAGGAGGACUUGAUGGAUGAAGAAAUGUUUGAAGAUUUCGUCAACCUUGACGGAGAUCCAACCCCAUGUUCAAUCUUUCCAGAAGCUGACGUGGAUACCUCCCACUUUGCUCGAACUACUUCGUCGGACCCGCCUCACUUGACUCGCACAGCUGCGUCUGACACGGCUCAUUACGAUGACAGGUCCAUGACACUCAAAAUUGAAAGAGAUACACCUAUGAGAAGCGACACGCGAGCUUACAGCAGUCUUGAGUCUGCUUCAGUCGACGCGAGCAUCCCAGGCGAGAAUCAGUCUGCGGCACAGCAGGAGAAGAAACGUCGACGUCGACCCAGCUCGCCCGAGCCGGAUUACCAAGAGCAAGUCGCUACGCACAACAAGAAACGCAAAAGAACUGGCCAGGCUUGUGACCGUUGCAGAUGCCGCCGUUACAAGUGUGACUCCCGUGCCGAAGGCUGUAUACCCUGCACCACAGCAAAUGUGCCGUGCAAUGUCACUGACAGCGUGACUGGAGAGACGUUUGUGCGAGGUGCUGCAGGUCGCAUGGCCGCGGAAAUUGAGCAGUUAAAGGCGGCUGUCGCUAGGCUGGAGCAAGAGAAGGCAGAGCUGCAGGACAUGAUUCAAUAUGCAGGAUUACCACUGCCAUUUCACCUAAGCCAGGUAAAUGAUAACUCCGGAGCAUCGCCAAGCUUCGCCCCCAGCGUGCAAUCCCAGGUUCGGGCUCAGCAAGAGCAAAUUGACAUGCUCAGCCAAGAGGUUGCCCGACUGCGGAACUCAAAUCAGGCCUUGCAGACACGGAUGGAGGAACAACCCCAGCAGGCGCAGUACCCCAAAUUUGCACCGUUUUAUCACUAG